AUGGGCAUUGGCACCAGUACACCUUUACCUAAACUUCAAGAAAUUCAUAUGUCACCUGGUGACGAUGAAACAUUUCAACCGGCACCACUUUCCAUUGAUGCUGAUGGAUUUAUUGUGGCGUUAAACAUUGACCAAGAAGAGGAAAUUUUGAAAUUUUUCGAAAAACAUGGAGUUGUUGUUGUUGCAAAUGUUUUAACUGAUGAACAAUGUGAACGUAGUGUCGAUGAUGUAUGGCGCUUUUUACAAGAAAUGUUCAAUCCAGAUAUUCAACGAGAUCAACCUGAGACAUGGAGUUAUAAAUGGCCGAGUUUUUCUAAAAUGGGCAUACUCGGUAAUGAUCGUUGGCUCUAUCCACAAGCAUGUGAUAAUCGACAAAAUCCGAAUAUUUAUAAAGUUUUUCAAAUAUUAUUUGGUGAACACGAAUUAAUAGUUAAUAUUACGCGAGCUGGUCUUAUGCGGCCAACCAGGAAUAUUUAUUUUCCAUCUCGAGAUCAAAUUGAAGAUAGAGAAAAUUGGAAAACAAUAUCAGAAUGGCUUCAUCUAGACAUGAAUCCAUUGACUGGUCGAGCAACAACAUACGGUUUUGAACAUGUAGCCGAAGGUCAUUUCGAGUUUAGUAAAGAUCCACUUUGUGCACAAAAUCAACUGACAAAUAAUGGUAUGCGUAAACGGAAAUUGCAAGCAAUAUUAGCAUUGGAGGACUGUCGUGAAGAAGACGGUGGAUUUCAUGCAGUACCUGGUUUUCAAAAUUAUAUUACUACAUGGACAAAACAAAAUCAACAAUUAUGUCUCGAUACGAAUCAAGGUAGAGAUCCGACUACGGUUCAAAUUCCGAAAGAUGAUCCUAUACGACAACAUAUUCAACGAAUGCCAAUACGUAAAGGUAGUUUACUUGUAUGGGACAGUCGAUUGCCACAUGGUAACUAUCCGAAUAAUUCAAAUCAUAUGCGAAUUAUUCAAUAUUUACAUAUGGCACCAAUAACAGAUGAAGCUCUGCGUCCUUUUCCAUUAACAAAGAAAGACUUACCGGAAACAUUUCAAUUAACUGAAUUAGGCGAAAAAUUGUACGGUUUCAAACCAUGGGAAUCGGUAAUUGCACGUACACGUUUUCGUGAAAAGAGAAAUCAACGAGUUCUAGAACAAGCCGAGUACGAACGUCAAUUGAGAAAUGCAAUGAAAGCCCAAUGUCAAGAAGCUAAGACGAAUUAA